AUGGCAACUUCAAUAACACCAAAAUUAAUUUUUCCAGAAGAUAAAUCAACUAACGAUACAAAUGAUAUUUGUAAUUCAUCAAUAUCUUCUUCGACAAUACUCCCUACAAUAAAUGAAACAGCAACAAAAAGAUUAACAAAAAUUCUUUCAACUCAAUCAAGUUUCGAUCGUCAUCAUCCAUCACAUCGAAUAGCUAAACGUUUUUCAAUUGAUGCUGAUCCAUCAGCAGUUAUCUUAAAUACUCCUGUAACUGAUCUUUCUAAUAAUCCAUUACAACAACCAUCAACACCCGAUAUUGACGAAUUACCAUCAACAGUUACAUCAAUAAAUUCUCUGGAUAAAGAACCAUUAGCAAUUCGAUCACCAUCAUUAAAAAAAAGUGAUAGUUUCUUAGAAAUUCCUUAUGAAAAAGGCGAAAUAGUUGAUUUAAUUAAAUUGGCUGAUGAUCCAGAUGCUGUAGCACAUGUUACAAAUGAUGGUCAGGAAGUUUUACUUGAACAUGGAGCUAUUUCUUAUGAUGCAAUCAAUACAGAAAAAGAAAAAUCUCGUGAAGCUCGUAAUGCUUUCAUAUCAAAUCGUCUUUUGCCUGGGGUAUAUUUUGCUUUUAUAACUGCAUGUGGAUUAUUAGGUGGUUUUGGUUUUGCACUUGGUCGAACAAAAAAACGUGAAACAACAGCUAAACUUACACGACAAGCUAAUGCAACACAGAUAUUUGAUGAUGGAAAUCGUUUAGCCGUGAGAGCUCUACGUCGUGCAUCAAUAUAUAGUGUAACUGGUGUUCUUUCAUUUACAUGUUUUUUAUGGUUAAUUAGUGGAAGACCAAAUUCAUUUGAAGAAUUUCGUUUACGAAUUGGUUCAUCGUUACCAUCGAUAAAAAGCAAAAAAUCUAAAGGAGAAACAGAAGAACAAGGAAGAACUGAAUUUGAAAGUUUAACAGAAUUCAUGCAGUAUUUAUCUGAUGAAGAUAAAAAAUUGAAAGAGAAAAAAAAAGAAUUAUCAAAAAAUAUCAAAGAUAUUUAG